GUCACUGAUAGCAACAGUCCCUAACUCACUCACUCUUCUCCAGACUGAGAUUUCUCUCCCGGCUGCAGAGGCCAAGAUGCUGAACACUGUCAUGGACGCCCUGCAGGGUUUUGGGGUGAGCAGCACCCACUACCUGCAGACCAACUACCAGGACGCCCAGGGCUUGUUUCUCUGGGUGUCCUGGGCGGCAGACCUCAGGAACACCUUCUUCAUCUUCUUCCCGCUUUGGUUUCACCUGCGAGCCUCCGUGGGCAUCAAGCUCAUCUGGGUGGCCGUGAUCGGAGACUGGCUGAACUUGGUGUUUAAAUGGAUUCUGUUUGGGGAGAGGCCUUACUGGUGGGUCCACGAGACGGCUCACUAUGCAAACACCGUCCCUCCUCACAUCGAGCAGUACCCCAUGACCUGUGAGACUGGGCCAGGCAGCCCCUCUGGUCACGCCAUGGGAGCCGCUGGUGUCUACUACACGCUGGUGACCUCCAUCCUCGCCCUCAUGAUCAGCAAGAAGAAAUAUGGAAGCAAGAAAUCCACCAACAAAGAGUGGUACCUGAAGGCCGUUCUGUGGACGCUGUUUUGGGGAGUCCAGGUGUGUGUGUGUCUCUCCAGGGUCUUCAUCGCCGCCCACUUUCCCCACCAGGUCGUUGCCGGGGUUAUCACAGGUAUGAUCGUGGCUGAAGCCUUCAACAGAACCCAGUGGAUCUACAGCGCCAGCAUGAAGAAGUAUUUCUACACCACCUUCUUCUUGACCUCCUUCGCUGUCGGCUUCUACCUCCUGCUCAAAGCUCUGGGCGUGGACCUGCUGUGGACCCUGGAGAAAGCCCACAAGUGGUGCGUCAGGCCCGAGUGGGUCCACAUGGACAGCACGCCCUUCGCCAGCCUCCUGCGGAACAUGGGCACCCUGUUCGGCCUGGGCCUGGGCCUGCACUCGCCGCUCUACACGGAGACUAAGAAGAGCAGCAGCCGGUUGGUGAAAGCGGGCUGCGUCGUCAGCUCCCUGCUCCUGCUGCACCUGUUCGACUCCUUCAAGCCUCCCACUCACACCGCGGCCCUCUUCUACCUGCUGUCCUUCUGCAAGAGCGCCACCGUGCCUCUGGUCACCGUCAGCAUCAUCCCCUACUGCGUGAACGGAGCCCUGAGCCUGCAGAACAAGAAGGGAGUGUGAGCGGUGGACGCAGAUCUUAAAGAUCUUCAUGAACGUGUCUCUCAGGAGAAGCAGAAGAGAUCAAUGAGAGAUUGUCACUGGUGCCUUUUGAACACUGAACUGUGUGUGUGACAAUAUGUGAAAGCACUAUCCAGGACGCCCAGCAGCACUUCCAAAGACAUAUUCUGAAUUUAUUCACAAAAACCACGAUUAAUGGACAAACAAUCAACUCAAGUCACUGUUUGUUUUCAGUCGCUGUGUUGAAACUCAGUCCGAGGACGAUGUCCCUCACUCACAGCUUUGAUGUGUUAUUUCAAAUGUAACAAUAAUGUAUUUUUAAAUGUUACACAAAAUAUUUUUGAGACAGUUUUGAAUAUUUUUU